AUGUGGUCAAAAAUUGUCAGAGGAAAAUCCAAAAGGAAUGAAGACAUGGUCGACGAUGCUCGAGGAGAAGUGUUCGGAAAAGAUCUUAGAGAACGAAUAGAGUUUGAGCGAAAACUCUAUCAAGAUCCUUCCAUAAUGAUUCCGUCGUUGGUUGUUUACUUGGUUGAUUUCAUUCGGAAUGCUCAGCCAAGACAGGGUGUUUUUAGGGAAGUGGGAAGUGUUGCCACGGUUUCCAACUACAGAAUGAAAAUAAAUGAUUAUGGACUCAAACCUGUCGAUUAUAAAACCAUGUUCAAACAUGAUUUGACCGUGAAUGAUGCAAGUUCCAUUCUAAAGUCAUAUUUUAGGUAUUUACCAGAGCCUCUUGUCACUUUUAAUGGAUAUGACAGAUUAGUAGUCAUUGGGCAGAACGACAUGGAUGAAAAAACCAGAGUAGCAAAGUUAAAAACUAUGGUUGAAGGUCUUCCAACCAUCAAUUACGAGACAUUACGAUAUCUGAUGGAUUUACUGCAUUUCAUUGCCACUCGUGGAGUGUACAGCAUGGACGCCAACAAUCUUGCUGUGUGCCUAAAUCCAAGUAUUUGUUUUGCUAAAAACAAGGAAGGAGCGGAAUCUUUUUUGAAUUUAAACUUUAUCAUUACUUCACUGAGUUGCAUGAUCAAAAAUUACCCUUCAAUAUUCGAUUUCGAUCCCAAAGAGAGCGACUCACCACCUUCUCCCAGAGUGGUUAUUGAACCUAAACAACCUUCAUAUGUGGAACCUCCAGUGUCUCCUGUGAAAUCAGUGACACCAAUUUCUCCAAAACCUAGCGCUGUUACAGAAGAAAAAGACGACCUACAAGACAGUAUUCAAAAAGAACUCGAUCGACUCGACUCGAGGAUUAAUUACCAAGAAACAGAGGAGGAAUUAGAGAGAGAUAUUAGGAAAAAUGGGAGAACGGAUGAUUAUGGAUUGCAUUCUAUUCCAACCACGUUUUUGGAUAAAAAAUUUUUACAUGCUGACAUGUUUCAAGAGAUUGAGACUGCAGAGUCCUCAGACACCAUUGGUGAGCUUGAAGAGGACGAGUUGGAAAAACAAAAGAAAUUCCAUCUAUCAUUAUCAAAAAUUAUUAGUCCAAAUACUUCUGCCUCUGCUUCUAAAGAAGAUCGGUCUCCCAGUUAUCAGCAUUUAAUGGAUCUCAUAACACAGCUGCAAAAUGAAAAUCAUGCAUUAAGGAGACAACAACAAGAGAUUCGUACUACCUUAGAAAAUAUAAGCCAAUCCUCCAAUACUAAUAAUCCCCCAUCAAAAGUGCAAGAGGAUAUGGAGAAAAUUCGAUGUUUGGCAAAUCAUGAGCUUCAACAAUUGCGGAAAUACAUUUACAAUGUUGAAGAACAAACGAUCGAAGAGCUGAAAAGCAUGUGGGUCAAAAUGGACACUUUAGAGGAGAGUACGAAACUGGUUCAAACACAACAGGAGCAAGGUUCUCACACCAAAGCUGUUGGAAACAUGGUGGAAGAAAUGAAAUUGUUAAGGCACGAGAUCAGAGACUUGUAUGGCGGAUUUGGAGAGCUGAACGAGCGAAUGAAACAUUUCGAAAUUGAUAUUCGAGAUGUGAAUUCGAGAAUUGAUGAAGUAAUCAAAGAGCAGAGAUUCAUCAAAAUCAAGCAAGAAUAUGACAUGGAGCAUGUCAAAAAACUGUGUGAAGAAUCUAGCUCAAGGAUAAGGCAAAUGAGUCUGGAAAUAUCCACACUACGUUCAAGAGUCGAUGCUAAAACUAUUACCACUACCACAAAACCUUCCAGUCCAUACAGCUCGUUAACAACGUCUUUACCCUCCACAAUCACAUCGAAAUAUAUAUUAUAG